AUGGCCCUGGUGUGGCUGCGUGGCCGGGGCCGGGCGCUGGCGGCCGUCCUGCUCCAGGUCUCAGCCUUUGCCUACCACCUUGAGGAGCUGCUGCGGCUGGAGAGCCAUGGGCCCCCCAGUGAGGACAGGGCUGGGGUCCCCCCCACGCCCAGCCUCGGCCUCUUCGAGAAGAAGCUGCGGGGCCUGGGCGUGCUGCGGGAGCUGGCCCAGUGGGCUGUCAGGUCCAUGCGGGACCUGCGACAGCUCGCCAAGCCCAGCCCUGACAGCAGCACGGCCCCCAGCCCAUCUGAGAGCCCUUGA